CACUCAGUUCAACUUCAGCCUCACUCAGUCACUCAGUCAGUCUCUCUCUCUCUCUGUGUGUAUCAGCGCGUCUCUCACACUGAGCCUCAGCGGAGCCGGAGCGCAGCAGCAGCACGGGGCGGCGAAUGGAGCGGGAGUGACCCAGACUCAGAGCGGGCAUGCCGGAGGGGAGUUCACUCAGUGCGGGGAGUUUUUCUGACCUUUAGCGAAGAAACUACGAACUGAGAGAUUUACUGAGAGUGUGCGCUGUAUCUGGGAGUAUCCGCCUGUAGUCCGGACAGCAGAGGGGGUUUGGUAGCUAGUUUAAAUCAGUGUGAGGAGAGAGAGAAAGAGAGAAAGAAAGAGGAGAGAGAGUUUGUGAAGAAAGCAGAAGGAGAGAAGAGGUCGCUGGGCUGCUGGGAGCAGUUUAAAUUUGACUGCUGCUGAACUGCUGUGAAGAAACAGAAAAAUAAAGAGAAAAGAGAGAGAGAGCUGCAGCCGUCCUCCCUCUCAAAACUAACUAACCUAGUUAACUAGCUAAACAUCUACCUAACUUAACUAACUAAACACCUGCUUUACGAGGUUUUUAAGCUGCAGUGUUUAAAGCUAGGGUUAAAUAUGGUGGGGGAAAUGGAAACGAAGGAGAAGCCCAAGCCCACUCCUGACUAUCUGAUGCAGCUCAUGAACGACAAGAAGCUGAUGAGCAGCCUGCCCAACUUCUGCGGGAUCUUCAACCACCUCGAGAGACUACUGGACGAGGAAAUUGGCCGGGUACGGAAGGACAUGUACAAUGACACACUGAACGGCAGUACAGACAAAAGGACAUCGGAGCUGCCAGACGCUGUGGGGCCUAUCGCUCAGCUCCAGGAGAAACUCUACGUGCCUGUAAAAGAAUAUCCAGACUUCAACUUCGUGGGGAGAAUCCUUGGGCCCCGAGGGCUCACUGCCAAACAGCUGGAAGCUGAAACAGGCUGCAAGAUUAUGGUCCGAGGAAAGGGCUCCAUGAGAGACAAGAAAAAGGAGGAGCAGAACCGAGGAAAGCCAAACUGGGAGCACCUGAACGAGGACCUGCAUGUUCUCAUCACAGUGGAGGACUCACAGAACCGUGCUGAGAUCAAACUGAAGAGAGCUGUGGAGGAGGUGAAGAAGCUGCUGGUCCCUGCAGCCGAAGGUGAAGACAGCUUGAAAAAAAUGCAGCUGAUGGAGCUGGCCAUCCUCAACGGCACAUACCGGGAUGCCAAUAUCAAGUCACCAGCCCUGGCGUUCUCUCUGGCCGCCACUGCCCAGGCUCCCCGCAUCAUCACCGGCCCCUCCCCUGUGAUGCCCAACGCAGCUCUGCGUGCCCCUGCCCCCGCUGCCCCCACCCUCAUGCCCCUCAUCCGACAGAUCCAAACAUCCGCCAUCAUGCCUACGGGCACCCCGCACCACACCGCCACCCUGUUGCCUCAAGCCCCUGAGUCGGGCAUCAUCUACACUCCAUAUGAAUAUCCCUACGCCCUGGCCCCUGCCACCUCCAUCCUUGAGUAUCCCAUCGAUUCCAGCGGUGUAUUAGGUAUGGCUUUCCCAACAAAGGGCUAGUAGUGUUCAUGGACAGUCUGCAUCCCUCACAAGUGUUAACAUGCUUUGUUUCCUAGCUGCCAGAACAACCGAACAUAAAACAACAAAAACCCCUAACAGUGUGUUAACUAAAGAACAGACAGACCAAUAGAGAAGACCAUUACUACUGAUGUUUACACUGGUUUUAACUUCCAGAAUUUAUUACAUUUUGUUUUAUUGGCGCAUCUUUAACUUACAAAUUAAAAUUAAUCUAAAUCUAAAAAUAUCUAGAAUACUGAUGAUUAACUAAAUCUGUCGCCGUCAGUGUUCUUUGAAUAAUAUUGCAGUCUGUAGUUUAAGCCCAAGUCAGUUUCCAUCCCUGUGCUUGCUUCAACUCUGAGUACCCUCAGUGAACGAUCAGUAUUAGAACUGACUUUGUGUUAUGAAUUGGAAUAAUGGGAUGAAUGAAGCACUCACAGUGGCCUAAUGUAAAUCUGUCUAGUGGGAUACGCCUGAAAUGAAUCCAUCUUAUUAAAAGCAUUUUGUUUGUUAGGGCUGAUUUGGUGGGAGGAUUUAAGGGGGCUCUGUUGGCAUGGUUAAGAUAAGUGGAACAAUUAAACACUUGUGGUCUUAGGUCACUUGCUUCUUGAAAUGAUAGAUGUAUUUGCAGGUUGCAGUGGCAGGUUGCUGCACUUUGAAAACAGAGCUUUUGGGCUUUUAAUAGAAAAUGAUUUGGGCUUUUCUCAUCGUUUUAUAAGAACUUAUUACUGGGUCUUACAAGCUUGAUGUUUUGAUGUUUUUUUCCCUUCAUGUGAAGAUGAAACUGUUGUAUUGAUGUGUUGUAAUGAUUAAUUAUCUGAUGUUGAUUUCUGUUUUAUUGGUAAUGUUGCGCUCUGAGCAGGUGCAGUGACUACUAAAGUACGAAGGCAGGAUAUGCGCGUCCAUCCUUACCAAAGGGUAGUGACCGCAGAAAGAGGUUAGUUUAGCCCCGGUGUUCAAACAACACUGUUUGAUAGUGUGUAUGUGUGUGUGUGUGUGUGUGUGUGUGUGUGUACUUCCGAUAAAGCUUCUUACACUUUCAAUUACAAUACAAACUGCAAAUUGAACGUUUUUAAAGGUCAUUUUUAAACAUUAUCACAUCACUCACAGAUUUAGAACUUACAUAGCACUACAUGUAUGACAGUAUUGAUUUUGAAAGUGUAAUUAUGUAUGUAUGCAUGUUUGUGUGUGUCUGUGUGUGUGUGUGUGUGUGUGUGUGUGUGUGUGUGUGUGUGUGUGAGUGAGUAAAUGAGUGAGUGAGUGUGUGUGUUUGAAUUAAGUAUUUCUGAGCAUGUUCACAAGUUUUGGGGAGGCACUGAAGAAAGUGUAGAAACACGUGCAACACUUUACAGUUUAUUUAAGCUUUAUAACACAUACAUAAAAACGUCACUAGGUGGUUAUUACAGUCGUUAGAAUUAGGGAUGUGUGAUUGAGGUCACAAUACUUAUUUUCUGCUAUUUCUAUUUCUUAAAAUAUUUAGGAAUUUGCACCAGAUUUCUCCUAAAGUCAGUAAUCCAACAUGCCUUGUGAUAUUAAUAAUGCUUUUUGUGUAUCUUAAGAUCAGAGUAAGCCAGAUAAUAUUCAGAAGCUAUAAUCUGUUAUUGAAAAUGAAAACAGUGUGAAUUUUUAUUUUGCAUCAAGCAGCAAAACAUUGUAUCUUUAAACUAAAUUUAUCUUGGUUGGCAUCAGACAUCAUGCAGUGUGACUAUUGCAUAUGUCUACUAGGACUGCAGGCAAAUUUAAUUUAUUGAAGUAUGGCUAUAUUAUGUUUUGCUAUUCUGUAUCAAUGUUCCAAGGCACAGUAUUGAUUAUUCUUAAAUAUAUAUAUUUAUAUGUAAAGUUAGGUGGCAGACAGAUGUUCAUUCUGUGUUGCGUUUAAAUCCCUCCCAAUAAAUAGCAAUGCUGUACUCUGCCAUUAGAUCUUACUGGUCUGAUUUUUUUAAUUUAGGUUUUAUUAUAUAUGAUAGCAUGUUCUUUAUAUUAGGAGAGUUUUCCUAAAGCCAGAUUAAACAACUGUAACAUAUCUACUUGCUUACACUAUCACAAUAUAUUGUGAUAUAUUGGAUCACGACCCCUGUAUCAUUAUACAUAUUGUAUCUCCAAGUUCCAAUUGCCAAUACAUAUGCACAUAUUGUGGUGGCAGUGCUGAAACAAUAUAUUGUGCAGCCUUAUUCAUAAUCAUUACACUGGAACUGAAACACAACAGUUGUUAGCACUUAUUCCACAUCAGAUCUUAAACAUAAGCAUAAAAGAAGACUUUAUAUGAAGCUUAUUGACACUCUUAUGUAGGUUUUAUAAUGUUUAAUAAUGUAAAGUGUUGCAUCCAGUAUGAGUUCACACAGGUGGGUUGAUCACACUGCAUGUAUUGAGUCUCUCACUAAUAGAGAGAGUUGUUUGGGUUGUGCAAAGUUAAAUGGACUGUUCACUUGAGCUCCAUUAUACUGAUGACCGUGGGAUAGCAUUACGACUCCUAGUCCAUGAAGGGUGAUGGAGCUCAGUUAUUAGCCUCUCUUUUUUCUUUUCCUCAUUUUGUUGAUGUUGAUUCCACACUCUGUGUCUUAGCUGUUAAUUGUUUUGACUCUAAUGUACAUUCGCGCCUACUCUAUUCCAUUCAGCCAUUAUGUAUUUGGCUUAUUUGGCAACUGAGAAACUUCCUAAGUUUGUUUUAUUAUUAUUAUUAUUAUUAUUAUUUUGUUCAUGACAUUCUAUUCUACUUUUUCAGAUUAAUUUAUAAAAGAAGGGGAUUUAUUUUAUUGAUCAUGUUUACAAGAACAAGUCUGCUGGUAUUUAAAGACCAACAGAGCGUAACUAAUUUAAAGCAAUGUAUGUUCACCACGCAACAAUAUUUCCAGUACUGUAUUUAGGUAACCCAGUGUUGUCUCUCAUGCUGUUACAUCAGGUUUGUAGAGCAUGUUAGAUCCAUGAAAAUAGUUUUCUUCUAAUACUAAGAACUUAAGCCCCACUAUGUGUCAUUCAGAACACAGCAGUCAUCAUUGUCUUAACUCUUUCGUUUCACAUAUUUAUAAUUUUACUGCAUUUCAUAAGCCUAUUGUUUGUGGUAUAUAUAGUAUAUAUUGUUUGCUAAUUGUCAUUCAAAAGUACUACUUUUAUUAAGUUUGGGCCAGGACUAUAUAUAGAUUUUAUUUUAUAUUGAUGAUAAAUGCCUUCAGCGAAAAUAAACCAUAUCUAAGGGAAAUUACAGAACAUCACCUUUCAGAGAUGGCUUGUGAAAUUACAACACAUUAAUGAAACUACACAGUAUUAGUUAUAUUGAACAACCUUGGGUGUGUCAAAUCUGUAUAUAUAAUAGCAAUUAUUCCUCCAGUAAAUGUGAAAUUCUACUGAUUCGAUAUAAAGUUGAAAUUAGCACUGUAAGAUCUUAACACGUAACCGACAAACAAAACUUACCAGAUUAAUGAGAAACAAUUGUGAAAUUGCACAGAAAGUCACUUCGUUUUAUCUGGCCUACUGACCAUGACGUUAUAAAAUGUCUGUAAACCCAAAUUAAAUUUAAUAAAAAAAUAUUAAAUAGACUGACACCAGGAAUCAUUAGCAUUACACAUAACCUAUCAUAUUGCUGUGAUUUGGAAGGCUGUUUCAAAGUGAAAGAUCCAUAAUAUACAGCUGAGAAAUGCAGCCUAUAUUAGAAGUGAUGGAUCCUUCCAGGUUUUUGGUUACCCACAGUUCUGUGCACACAUAAACACAAAGACAAAAAAAGCAUUAAGCACCCUCACAAGAUUUGCUCUGCAAUUGCAAAGGGGCAGGACUUUUCUGGUGAUGUCAACAGGCAUCCUCGCUAGACAGUAAAUUUGUGUGUCUUAUAGGGGACCUGUUACACUGUUACAGAUUCCUACAGAAUGUCAGUAAUUCGUGCACUUUUACUUCUAGAAACUGAAGAAUAUUGAGUUAUUUUGAAGUAGUGUGUUCAGCUGUAGUAUUAACAGAGUAAUACUGUUUGAAACCAUUAAAAUAAAAAAGGUCUUGGUCAGUGCCACAUAGAGACGAUUUGACACAAAAUUAUGAAGGGUAUGACUGUUUGAGGAGGAGAGUAAAUUCUAAAUCUGAGCAAAAUUGCUUUUCAAAUGAUGUAGUUGCCCAGUGCUGCUGAUAAUCAGAGAGCAUCUCAUUUCAGCAACCAUUAGAAAAGUGAUUUGCAGUUCUUAUAAGCUCUUAAUUACUCCCCAUACAAAUAUACCUCUUCAUAAAUACAGCACAAAUAGUUUGCACUGAAUCUUUUAAAUCGCCAGGCAAAAAAAAAGUCAGAAAAAGACAAAAAACGAUGAAACCUCAUGAUAAUAGGUUAGAGCGUGAGCAGUCUAUGUCGGACUGAACAGGGCGUGGUGUGAUUUUUCUGCCAAACGUUAUAUACAUAAGAUCGUCAUCUUAAUUUGUCACACAUGUUGCAGUUAAGAUGACUUUGUACUGCAUGUAUACAGUGUUUUGGGGGAAAAUCACACCCUGUUGGCACAAUAUGAACAGAUGAACUGAAGAAAUGUUCCAUUUUCUAUAUGUUUUGUUUUAUUGUAAGCUCUUUUUUUGCUCUUGUCAUUUUUCCAUUGUCUUGUUUGAAAGAAAAUAGUAUUGUGUGGUCUUUUUUUUU